AAGCAUCAAGCAAUAAUCCCUCCCACCUUUCCAAUUCAUUCACUUCCCCUAAAGUGAAUUGGUCAACCAACAUGCCAACAGCAGCACUUGAAAAGUUGCCUGCCUGCUGCACGCGUGCUGUGCCACCUUGAAGUUCCCACCUCAAGGCUGUACACAUAGCAAACAAAUAACUUCGACUUCGUGUCAUCUUUUCGCUGCCUCUUCUGACACUAUCCUUGUCCACAGAAAAGCAUCAGCCGAAAACAAUCAGCAGCCAUGGCAGACAUCGUCAGUGCCUACUGGGCGACACCGCCGGUUGCGAGGACGGUCUCAACGCUCGUCUUCGCCUCGUCGGUCGCCGUCUACACUGGUAUGGUCUCGAUGGAGCCCUUCUUAUUCCACUACAUGUUUCUCCUCAAGUUCCCUCCCGGCAUACAUCGGCUGGUAACGAGCUUUCUGGUUACGGGCCCUCAGCUGGGUGUCAUCUUCGACACAUACUUCCUGUACACCUACCUGAGUCAGCUCGAGAAGACCAACUCGAAGUUCACAAGGAAGGAAGACUUGAUCUGGUACUUAACAUUCGUGGGCAGCUUCAUCAUUAUCAUCAAUCAACUAUGGACUGGGGCCCCAAUAUAUCUCCAGGCCCUGAUGAUUGCCAUGUGUUAUACCGCCGUGCAAGACGCGCGGGGGCAGCAGGCACACUUCUAUGUUGUGACCGUUCCAGCACAGCUUAUGCCCUACUGCCUCCUGCUUGUGAACCUGAUGCUUGCAGGCUGGUACUCGUUCCAGGUCGGUCUAACAGGUAUUGUCGCUGCGCACUUGCACGACUUCCUCACUCGACUGUACCCCGAAUUUGGGAAUGGUGUAAACCUGAUUCCUACUCCCUGGUUCAUCUCAUACAUCAUGAGGACGCCACAUGUCCAGAACACCGUCUAUGGUUCAGCCACCGUGCCUCCAAGGCUGAACGAGCCUCGUAGCGGGCCGUUGCCAGACUCAUGGAGGAGUGCUGGUCCCGGAAGGCGGUUGGGUUAGGCUGUGACUUGACGGGCCAGUUGAUCAAGACACGAUCAACGCAGUUGUAAAUUAGCAUCAACGAGAACUUGAGAUCAUACUCGGACAAACCAUAUUGGUACUCUUCGCCUUUGAUACAAGUUGCUUAUCUAUUAUUUGGUGGCAUUCCAUGGAUUGCCACUGAAAUUUUAUGGGAUCAUUGUUGCAU